GGACCUGCAUAACACUGCAUCGAUAUCAAAACGGCUUUGCGACAUCACAGCUCCACGGCUUCACAGUAUCGCAACUCUGCUGACGAUACUGUCCAGCGGCAAGAGCACCAUCUCCAGGCUCUAUCGCCUUGAUCGCAUCGUUGCGCAGCUUUGAUCGCCUCCGGCGCAUCCAUUGCGCCCGUCGCAUCGCAUCACACGAACCCAUCCAAACAUCAAAUCAUUGCAACAACACCCACAACCCCAUCCAUCUCCACAACCGCAAACAUGCUGCUCCCCUCCGCAAUAAGCUGCGAUUCCUCCUCCCAAGGCUCCAAACCUCGCUACCAACCUGCGCUCUUCGCCUCGCCGCCCCUUUCACCACCACCCACCUCUUCCUCCUCCUCCCUCUCUACCAUUCCUAACCUCUACUCCACCUGCCGCGCGCUACAAUCGAUGCUCACAGCCCCGAGCCAACUCCCAUCACCACCAACGACACAUGCCACGAUCCCCGCACCCGCACCCGCACCCGCCUCACCAUUCCGGCUGCGCCUACGCACUCGCAGAAACGAACCUCCGGCAACCGCGCCGCCCCGGAAAAAGAUCACGAAGCGCACCGCGCACGCUCCUCCACCGCGGGGUCAGAACAAGCGGCGCCGAGCGACGGACGUCGAGCCCGAAGACGCGGAGGAGGAUCUAGAGCGCGAACAAGAGGCAGAUAUGACGGAUAGCGCCUCAGAAGACAACAACAACGACAGCAGCAGCAGACCACGAACGCCCAAGCGCAUGCGCACCGCGCCAGAAGUCCUCCCGCUGGGACUCGAGCGUGCUGAUUUCGACGCGCUGCGCGGGACGGAGACGACGGAGCGCGAGGAGUGGACGACAGAGGAGGAUCGCGUGCUGGUGGAGCUGGUGCUAGAGAAGCUGAAGCUGACAAAGAGCGACUGGCAGGAUUGUGCGCGCAGCUUGGGGAAGGAUAGGGGGAGCGUGGGGAGACGCUGGAAGAGCCUGAUGUGUGCUGGGGAGGUGGGGCUCAAGACGAGGUCGAGGAGGGGGAGGAUACAUGGCACGUGGAGAUAGGAUAGGAUGGAUGCCUCUUUUCUCCUUUUCUAUCUUUCCUUGGGGCUGGGGUUGGGCUUUGGUGGCUUUGGUUUUUAUUAGGCGUACGAGAGGGAGGUGGUGUGGGCUGGAUUGGUUUGGGUUGCGUUGGCGGUGGUCUGUGUCGGUGGGGGGAUCUUGGAUACCUAUGUUUGGUUAUAUCCCAUUCCAUAUCUAGCGCUGAAGUGCGCUAUGUUGGUCACUACUAAUUAGUCUGCCUACAUCCACGAAGUAUGGUUUUAAAUACAUGUACUCU